AUGGAUGGCAAAGAAAUAUUGAACGAUAUUGUUUCCAAUGAGGAAAUCGUUAUUUCUGGUAUUGCUGGCAGAUUUCCUAAUUCGGACAACAUGAAUCAAUUACGAGAAAAUUUAUUCAAUAAAAUUGAUCUUGUAAUAGAUCAUAACCGAUGGGAAAAAGCUUUAGAGCAUACAAAAUUUUCCGAGGAAUUGUCAUUCCGUAUGGGUACUGUCAAUAACGUACAAAAAUUUGAUGCGGAUUUUUUUGGAUUGUCUUUUGAGCAAGCACACGCACUCAUACCUGAAACACGAAUGUUACUGGAACAUUCUUAUGAAGCAGUUAUCGAUGCAGGAAUUAAUCCAAAGCAAUUACGAGGAAAAAAUACUGCUGUAAUCAUAGGGAUAUCCACUAUUGAUGCACAAAAGAAACUCUUAUAUGAAAAUUAUCAAUUAGGUGGUUUGAAUACUGUCGGAUGUAGCAAAUCUACAGUAGCAAAUAUGAUUUCAUAUUGCUUGGAUUUAAAAGGACCAUCUCAAACCGUCGAUACAGCAUGCAGUUCUAGUCUUUACGCCAUAGCCCUUGGUUAUCAUUAUAUUAUGUCGGGAAAAUGCGAAGAUGCGAUUAUUGGAACUGCAAAUCUAUGUUUUAAUCCAUUUAUAAAUCUACAAUUAACUUAUCUUGGUAUUUUAUCACCUGAAGGUUGUUGUAGACCUUUCGAUUCUGCUGGAAACGGUUAUUUACGUAGCGAAACUGUAGCAGUAAUAUACCUUCAAAAGGCGAAAAAUGCAAAGAGGAUUUAUGCCGUAUGUCCGCAUAUAAAAUUAAAUAACGAUGGUUAUAAAAACGAAGACAUAACAUGUCCGUCGAUGCAUAUGUUAAUUACUUUACUAACAGAAUUUUACAAUGAAUGCGGAAUACCAAUAUCUUGUUUGGAUUAUCUUGAAGCUCAUGGUACCGGUACCAAAGUUGGCGACUUUCAAGAAAUAAACGCUAUCCAUAAUGUAUUGUGUGAAAAUAGAGAAGUUCCAUUAAUGAUCGGCUCCGUAAAAUCUAAUCUUGGUCAUGCUGAAUCUGCUAGUGCUUUUAGUCAAAUCGCUAAGAUAAUAAUAGCGUUCGAAACCGGAUUUGUUCCACCAAAUAUCAAUUAUAUAUCACCACAACGUGAUAUGUAUGCCUUGAUGAAUGGAAGUAUUUGUAUUGUCCAAGAGCAAAUGCCAAUAAAAAAGGGUUAUGUAGCAAUCAAUUCUUUUGGUUUUGGAGGAGCCAACUCUCACACCUUAUUAAAGUGGAAUCGUAAAGAGAAAAUUAAUAAUGGCGCGCCGAAUGAUGACUUACCUAGGCUUGUAAUAUUAUCUGGACGCACCGAAGAAUCAGUGAAGUUGUUUUUAAACAAUAUUGCUAACCAUCCAAUUGAUGUAGAAUACAUCCGUUUAUUACAUGAUAUCCAUGCAGACAAUGUAGACGGUCAUCCAUGGAGAGGGUACGCUAUACUGAAUACUUUGCAACAAGAUUCAAUAAAAGAAAUUCAAAAUUGUGAGGAUAUGAAAAAAUCCGUUUGGUUUAUAUUUUCAGCUUUAGGUUCACAAUGGCCAGGAAUGGGUCGAAAUUUAUUAAAAUUCCACGUUUUUGAAAAUACGAUAAGAAAAUGCGAUUUUAUUUUAAAAUCGUAUAAUAUAAGUAUUAUGGAUAUUUUGACAAAUACAAAAGAAAAAAUGUGCGAAAACGCGUUAAACGCGUUUCUUGGAAUCAUCGCUAUUCAGAUCGGUUUGGUAGAUCUCCUAACAUUCUUAGGCAUUAUUCCGGAUUACAUAAUUAGUCAUUCCGGCGGUGAACUCGGUUGCGCGUAUGCAGAUGGAUGUCUCACUCUUGAACAAACUAUUUUAUCAGCAUAUUUUAUCAAUUUGGCAUGUGCUAAAGAAAAUAUAAUUCGUAUCUCAAUGGCGGUUGUCAGUAUCAAUUACGAGUGUCUUAAAAAUAUAUGCCCACCCGAUAUUGAAAUAAUAUGCCGCAAUAGCGGAAACAGCAGCAUCGUGAGUGGACCCAUAGAAUCAGUACAAGAAUUUAUUAAAAAAUUACAGGUCCAAAAUAUUUAUGUGAAAGAGAUCUAUUGCAACGUACCGUAUCACAGUUCUUAUCUUGCAUCAAUGGAAACUGAGCUUUCGUUUAAUUUAAAUAGAAUAAUUCCGCGGCCUAAGAAACGAAGUUCAAAAUGGAUCAGCACAUCCGUACCUCGUAACGAAUGGCUCACUUCAGGAGAAUUAUCAUCGGCAGAUUAUCAUACGCGUAGUAUAUUAAAUAUCGUUCUCUUUGAACAAACAUUACAUCUAAUUCCGAAUAAUGGUAUUACUAUUGAACUUGCACCAUGCAAUGUUCUGCAGCACAUAUUAAAAGAAUCUUUGCAUCCAGAAGUGACAAACAUUGUACUAACUCAACGCACUGAACAAAACAAAGAUGUAAUUUUUCAAGGAAUUGGAAGGCUCUACAAUUGUGGCUUACAACCGCAGGUUGCAAAUUUAUAUCCACCAGUGGAAUAUCCAGUUAGCAGAGGCACUGCUAUGAUUUCUCCAUUUAUCAGAUGGAAUCAUUUCGAAGAUUGGUUCAUACCACGCUACGAAACACAAGAGUCCAUAAAAUCCAGAGAAAGAUACGUUGAAAUUUUACUCGAGGAUCACGAUUACGAAUAUAUGAGUGACUGUAUAAUUGAUGAAAGAAACUUACUACCCACGGCGGGUUAUCUUGCACUCGUUUGGGAAACUAUUGGUAUGAUGAAAGGACAAAAGCAUACAAUAAUACCGAUAGUUUUUCAAGAUGUAAAUUUUAUUCGCGCUAUUCAUUUAUCAAAACAAAAUGCUGUAAAAUUGAACAUUGCGAUUCAAAAAGAUGGAAAAUUCGAAAUAACCGAAGAAGAUAGAGUUGUUGUGACAGGUACAGUGUACGAAACAUCGAAUCCCGAACUAGAAAUGACUUCGACAGAUCUAUUAUGGGAGAAUAGUGAAAAAGAAUUUAUGACUGUUCGGGAUAUCUACAAAGAGUUGAAACUGCGCGGUUAUCAAUAUAACGGCUGGUUUCGUGGAUUAAAAAGUUCAUCUAUCUCGGGUAAAAAAGGACAUAUUAUUUGGAGACAGAACUGGGUAACGUUCGUAGAUUCAAUGUUACAAAUGAAUAUCUUAGAACAUGAUACUAGAGAUUUGUAUGUUCCUACGAGUAUUCAAAAAUUAGUGAUCAAUCCCAUGCUUCAUGAUCGAAAGCUACAGGACGCAAAUCAUGAUGUAGAAGGUGUAACAACAAUGGAAAAACAAUUACAGGUACAAGUAUAUAAAGAGAUAGACGUGAUUAUAGCUGGCGGAGUAGAAAUACAAGGUCUUAAACUCACUCAAAUUACUCGCCGAAAAUUAGCUCAAAAUGCUGUUAUCGAGGAAAAUACAUUUGUAGCUCAUUGCGAUCGCGCUAAGGUUUCUUUGAACGAAGCAAUUUGGAUGUCGGCGCAACUUGCACUGGAAGAUCAUCAAAUUGUCAAAGUAAAAGCAGUCGAGUUAGUGGAAGAUAACGAUGAUGUUUCAUUAGAAUGUCUCUCAUCUACGUUAUUAGUCAAGACGUUCCAGGAUAUUCCAUUGAUACAAACGAAUAUCACUUUACUAACAUCGCCGAAUCGUUUUAAUCCAGCAAACUUAUCGCAAAACAUUUCAAUCGAAAAUUUGAAGAAAUCAUUUAAAAAUGAGCUCGAUAAUGCUCUAAUAGUUGCAGGAUUCAACCUUUUGACUAAAGAACAUACUGCGUUAAAGCGAUUGUUGUCAUUUCUAAGAGAAGGUGGUUAUUUAUUAACGCGUGAAAAAUGUGAAGUAAUUGACUAUAAGAAAUAUUUACAACAAUAUGAAUUAAAUGUUAUUCUUGAAAAGCGCACUGAUAAAGAAAUGAUUGUACUUCUGAAAAAAAAAGUUUAUGUAAAAGAAAGAAUUAUUGUUUACAUAAAUAAUGAUAACUUUGAUUGGCUGGAGAAUCUAAAGCCGCUUGUGCGCGAUGAGAAUAAGCUCGAUAAGAAUAGCAGAAUUAUAAUUGUAGGAGAGAGAGAUUUUGAAUGCGGUUUAUUAGGUUUUAUAAACUGUUUAAGAAAGGAGCCAGGUGGUGAAUUUGUUAGGGGUGUGCUUGUUCAAGAUGAGGAAGCCUCUAAAUUCUCUCUUAAAGAUCCUUUUUAUGUACAACAAUUAGAUAAAGAUAUGACUAUUAAUGUAUUGCGAGCUAAUAAAACUUGGGGAUCGUACAGAUAUUUAAAAUUAUUAGAACCCGAAGCCAGACUUGUGCCUACCGCUCAUGUUUCUCAAAUGGUUCGAGGUGACUUAAGCACAUUCUGUUGGAUAGAGAAUAAUCGAUCAGUUGUGUCUCGUCGCGAGGAUUUAGUGCACGUUGUCUAUUCAUCCCUGAACUUUAGAGAUGUAAUGUUCGCGACUGGUAAAUUAACACCUCAUGAGGCGAUUUUAAAGGGACGGUUAUUUCAGUAUCUUUCUCUUGGAAUGGAAUAUGCAGGAUGGGAUGCUAACGGGCAACGUGUAAUGGGAAUUUGUGAUACUGAUUGUAUAGCAAACGUCGUUGUGAAAGAUAAAGAUCUGUGUUGGAAAGUACCCGAAACAUGGACAUUCGAAGAGGCGGCGACGAUCCCAUGCGUUUACAGUACGGCUUACAUGGCCUUAUAUAUUUAUGGAAAAAUGAAAAAAGGUAAUAAAAUACUUAUACAUUCUGGAACUGGCGGCGUUGGACAAGCAGCUAUUCAUCUCGCUCUUCACGAAGGAUGCGAGGUGUUCACUACUGUAGGCACGAAUGAUAAACGGAACUUCAUUAAGAAAAUGUUUCCCGUCAUCUCGGAUGGACGUAUUGGAAGUUCUCGAGAUACUAGUUUUGAACAAAUGAUAAUGCAGCAAACGAAAGGUCGCGGAGUCGACAUCGUGUUAAAUUCAUUGGCGGAAGAAAAGUUAAUCGCAUCCGUUCGGUGUUUGGCGCAAAAUGGUCAUUUUUUAGAGAUUGGUAAAUUUGAUCUUGUUUCUAAUAAUCCCUUAAGUAUAUCCGCGUUUCAGAAAGGUAUUAGUGUUCAUGGAAUUAUACUGGAGAAUAUAUUCAUUGAUAAUUACAUGUACAAGACUCUAUUGUCUAAAAUGAUAGCCGAUGGUCUAAAAAAUGGAAUAAUCAAACCACUUCAAGUAAAAGUUUUUCCUAAAACAAAUAUCGAAGAAGCUUUUAGGUAUAUGGCGGGUGGAAAGCAUAUAGGAAAGAUAAUAAUAAAUAUCCAUGAAAAGGAUGAGCCUUUAGGUAGGCACAUUCUCGCAUAUCGUCGCUAUUAUUGUCUCAGAGAUAGAAGUUACGUUAUACUAGGAGGUCUGGGUGGAUUUGGUUUAGAAUUAACCGAUUGGCUUAUAUUUCGUGGUGCCAGAAAUAUCGUUUUGAUUUCAAGAAAUGGAAUAAAAAAUGGUUAUCAACGCAUGAAAAUUCGAUUAUGGAAGUCGUAUGGUGUAAAUGUUCUGAUUAUUAAGAAUAUUGAUGUUGCUGAUUUCAAAGAUUGCGAAUAUCUUUUACGGAUUGCGGAAAAAGAAGCACCGGUGGAUGCAAUAUUCAAUCUCGGUGCAGUGUUGAAGGACAAUAUUCUUAAGAAUCAAACCGCAGAGACAUUUGCAGUGCCUUUCCAAUCGAAAGUUCGAGCAACGCAGAUGUUGGAUAAACUUUCUAGAGAAAUUUGCCUAAAAUUGCGGCAUUUUGUAACGUUUUCUUCCAUUUCCUGCGGCAGAGGAAUCAUUGGACAGACUAAUUAUGGUAUGGCCAAUUCCGUUAUGGAGAGAAUCUGCGAGAAGAGAGUGGAGGAAGGAUUACCUGGAUUGGUGAUUCAGUGGGGAGCUAUUGAUGACGUGGGUAUUCUUGAAAAUAUGCAGGAGAAUAAUAAGACAAUAAUUAUUGGUGGCACCUCACGACAAAAGAUAUCCUGCUGUCUUGACCAGCUUGAUAUGUUUUUAAUUCAAAGCCGGCCGAUUGUGAGCAGCAUUGUUGUAGCUGAAAAAAGAGUGGAACGUCACGGAUUUGGUAGAAACAGUUUGGUAGAAACAGUUGCUAAUAUUUUAGGUAUAAGUAAGAUAAAUACUGUAAGUCCAAAUUUAUCUUUAGCUGAACUUGGAAUGGGUUCCUUGAUGAUCGUAGAAAUGAAGCAUACUCUAGAGCGAGAAUUUGAUCUAUUUUUGACAUUACAAGAGAUAAGAAAUCUUACUUUCGCGAAACUUACGAAGAUGUCCGUUACAAGCAUCAGUGAGUGA